UAGAAAUUUGGUAGAAUUAAUUUUAACUUAGAUUAUCUACUCUAGAUUUGGAAUUGGGAUUCCAAUUAUGAAAGCUUAUCUAUGGCAACUUAAACCCUAAAAAGAUUUAGUCAUCUACAUUUAAUUUACUACAUGAACUUUGACUUCCAUACUAAAUAAAGAGAUCGUGCUUCAAGAUUGUUUUCCUGGCUCAUAAUCAAGAAGUUCUUUACAAGUAGUGGAGUGCUUGCAGUUUCUUCUCCUCUUUGUGUUUUGCUGUCCACUAAAUGUACAUUGGUGGAAACUGCUGUCACUAAAAACACCUUACCUAUUGCACCCAAAGUAUAAUGCUUUUUGAGGUUGCUGCUCCCAUCAAUCUGCUCAGUAAAAAUAGCUCAUCUUGUAAUGGAGGAGAAAGUUCGAGUCGCAGCGCAGAGAAACGGGCAGCUAAUGAAGAAGCUGAAGACUUCACCACAAAGCCUGCUCCUGCCAAAAUGUCCAAGUUUGGAUUUUCCAUAGGCAGUCAGACAGCAAAGAAGGCAUCUGCAAUAUCCAUCAAACUAGGAGCAAAUAAGCCUAAAGAGCCUGUUCCAACCCUUGCUCCAAAAACCCUUUCUGUAGCAGCAGCUUUCAAUGAAGAUGAAGAUAGUGAACCAGAAGAAAUGCCUCCAGAAGCCAAGAUGCGCAUGAAGAACAUUGGAAGGGAUACACCAACCUCAGCAGGACCAAAUUCCUUCAAUAAAGGAAAGCAUGGGUUUUCUGACAACCAGAAGCUAUGGGAACGAAAUAUAAAAUCUCAUCUUGGAAAUGUCCAUGACCAAGAAAAUAACUAAAUGAUGUGGAUUGAGAGUUGGGUGUUUGGGGGGAGGGGAGGGUGUAACGUUAAAGGAACAGUUUCCUUUUUUAAGAAUGGUAUAAGACUAUCUUUGGAGCCACUUUUUUAAGAUUUUGAGUGGUACACUAAUAACUGAGUUUGAAAUUAGAGGUAAUUUAUGUUUUGUAUACAGAUUUCAAGGCAUUUGCUAAUUUUGUAGUUCCAUGUGAUUAGUUUAAAAAGGUUACAGAUAAUAAAGAAAUUGGAGUGGUACC